UAACGGGAUUUCUAUUUACUUCUGAUUUCUAAGAUGUGCAACAAAAUCUGCUUUAUUUUACUAAUAACUUUUUCAUACUUAACGGCUAUGGUGAUAGCACGACCGCAGCGUUCGGGCACUUCAUGUGGCCCAAAUGCACAAUUUACCACUUGCGGCAUUGCUUGCCCGGCUAAGUGCAGCGAUAAUCCCCUGUUGGGCAUAAUUUGCUCGGCACAGUGCGUCGUCGGCUGCCAGUGCAAUUUCGGAUAUCUGCUGAACGAUGCUGGCGCUUGUGUGACGAGAAGUCAAUGUUAACCGAAAUUUCGCUUUUUUAAUUAUGCGAAAUUUUUGUUAAAAAAAAGCUAUAUUCAUGAUUUAUAAUACUUUCUUAAAGAGAUUGCAUACGACUUCAUAUUUCAAAUAAAGUAAUGAAAAUCGAAUUAAGUUGCCGAAGUCAACUUAAAAUUGAAACGAGAUGAGCACCGAUCCCGAUUUUCAUAAGAAAGUUUUGUUCAGUUUACUUUUGGUUGAAGGGAUCCUUUAAUAAACAAAAUUGUCGAUUCAGGAGCAAUGUGAAUCAACAAGGCAUUGUUGAGAAGCCAUUAUAUCCUGCAAUCACAACUUCGUGUGAUCUGUGGACAGAAGGAAUCAUUAGUUCAUAUUUCUUAAAAAAGAAGGCCGGUCAAUGGGAAACACUUAGCUCUAUCAUGAUUAAUGAAUUACUUGUCUGAUGUUGCGUGUUGGAUGUUGUUGCGGAAGACUAUUUUUUCCAACAAGACCGCGUUUGUAAGGUGAUAUUCGAAAAAAAAAGGGAUUUCGAUAAUAAUCUGGACUUUUAAGCCACUCAAAGUGUAAUUGUUUUAGGGGAAAAUAGACUGUUCUUGAGAAGUCUCCAUUUUUAUUAAAAAUCAAAUUUUCGCUAGUCUUUCGGUCAUUACUUGUACUCAUCUAUAGUUAUAAUAAUUCUCUUUUUAUUUUUCAAUAUAAAAUAAUUUUACGCUCAAAUCUUUCUUAUACCAAAACAUCAUUUUCCGAGGACCUCUCAGAGAACGACAUAUGAAAAUUUCUGUAAAUGAAUUAUUGACUACCGCAGCGUUCAG